UGCAGUACCUUUUGUAGUAAGGAAGUCCGAAUUUAACUUCUCAACAUGAAAGCAAUGCACUACUACUUGUGUGCCUUGUUCGUGUUUUAUUCAGAACAAGUUACAGGCGAAGAGCUUAACUCGUAUAUUAAGUUUAAACUGAAGAUAAUUGACGAAAUUAUUCACAAUCUCUUAGAACACUUAUCAAAAGGAAACCAUAUUAAAAUGACACCCAAAUAUGAAAUUAUUCCAAAAGUUGUUGCUAAAUAUAAGGAUUGUACUGAGAUAAAAAAAAGCGGGGUUAGUAAAUCGGGCAUUUACGAGAUAUGGCCUUUGAAUGGCACAACUCAACUUAAUUUCAAUGUAUAUUGCGACAUGGAAACUGACGGAGGAGGAUGGACGAAAAUGCAAUUGUUUGAUUUCAGAUUUCAUCUUAUACUAUUAAAUAAGAAAAAUGAAAUUUUAACAUUUCUUAUAGACAUUAUUGCUAAUUUACGUACCAACUACGUAACUUCUAUGUGUGAUUCAUUAAUAGUGCAUCAUAAUGGAAGAAAAUUUAGUACUUUUGAUAAAGACAAUGACGAAGCUUCAUCAACCAAUUGCGCUAAGUAUUAUAAAGGUGCUUGGUGGUAUAAUAGCUGCUAUGAUUCAAGCUUGAAUGGCCUGUACUUGAAUGGUCCUCAUAAAUCAUAUGGCGAUGGAGUGGAAUGGCACAAAUGGAAAGUUUUCAAUAUGAGAGCAAUGCAUUUCUACUUGUGUGCCUUGUUUCUGUUUAAUUUAGAACAAGUUACAGGAGAAGAUCUCGACUCGUAUAUUAAGUUUAAACUGAAGAUAAUUGACGAAAUUAUCCACAAUCUCUUAGAACACUUAUUAAAAGAAAACCACAUUAAAAUCACACCCGAAUAUAAAAUUAUUCCAAAAGUUGUUGCUAAAUAUAAGGAUUGUACUGAGAUAAAAAAAAGCGGGGUUAGUAAAUCGGGCAUUUACGAGAUAUGGCCUUUGAAUGGCACAACUCAACUUAAUUUCAAUGUAUAUUGCGACAUGGAAACUGACGGAGGAGGAUGGACGGUGUUUCAGAGAAGAGGCGAUUUCGGACAUCCUCAAAAUUAUUUCUUAAAAAAUUGGACGGAAUACUCACGAGGAUUUGGAAAUUUGGAUGAAGAUUUCUGGUUAGGUAAUGAGAAAUUGCACGUUCUAACCAACCAAGGUAGUUAUUCCCUUAGAGUUGAUAUGAAAGACAAAGAAGGAAAUAGUCGAUACGCUCAAUAUAAGCAGUUCAAAAUUGGAAAUAACCAACAACUGUUCCAAUUGCAUGUUUCGGAAUACAGUGGAAAUGCUGGUGAUUCAUUAACACGGAAUCAUAAUGGAAGAAAAUUUAGUACUUUUGAUAAAGACAAUGACGAAUCUCCAAAUAAUUGCGCUAAUAUUUACAAGGGUGCUUGGUGGUACAGCAAAUGCUUCGAUUCGAAUUUGAAUGGACUGUUUUUGAAUGGCCCUCAUAACUCAUUUGGUGAUGGAGUGGAAUGGCACCAUUGGAAAGGUGUGAAUUAUUCGUUGCCAUUCGUAGAAAUGAAGAUUCGACGUAACUGA